UUUCCCGCGCAAAGCACAUGCCCGUUGGAAGCCAUAAUCAUGGCGGACAAAGCGGAUAGUCAAGACCUCAAAUCCAAAGCAAAAGAAAUCACAAAGGUUUCAAGAAAUCAUUAUGAAUCCCUAAAAUAACCCCAGAGGUGCUGGUAAAAUUCAAAUUGAACGCUGCAGCUCAUGCGGUUUUUGAUUUUUCUAACGAUAUUUCAGGACGCGAAGUCGAACAAUGCUGCAACCGAAGAUUCGAAGGACACAAAGAACGGCAAGAAAGAAGAAGAUGAAGAGUCCAGCGAAGAAGAGCUUACAGGUAAUCAAAGUUCGUUUGUAGAUUCUUAUCUGCGUGUUUGCUUCAGCAGAAGCCUGUAGUAUGAUUUGUGGACAGCUUGCAACAUGCGCGUCUGUUGUGUGUAAAUACAAAUCUUAAUAUCGUUUUGAAAUUUGCAUUUUUGAGUAAGCUAAGUUCUUGUGUUUUAGAAAAUUAAAAUGUCAUUUUAUUAUUCUUACGAAGUUGUUAAAUGCGUUUUCGUAAAGCAUCGUUUUUUUUUUGUAAAGUUAGAUGCUUUUUAAACUCAACAUUGCAAUUUACAUGUGUAUGCUUCAGUCACUUUGUGAUCAAUAGGAGAUGAGAUGGCAUAACGUUUUGGUGUGCGUGUUUUUUGUUGUGUUUUUACAAAAGUAAUCCUACUCUUUUUAUUAUCUGAAUCCAGCCCUUUUUUGGUCGAGAGUUUUACAGCACCUCAUUGACACUGGAAACUGAAGCAGUGUGUCAUGUUUUAGAUUACAUACACUGACAUGCACAAAGCUUUGCUGUUUCGACAAAAACCCAGCUUCAUUUCCUAGCGUACCAAUGAAAAGUAUGGUUGGCUCCCACCCCUGUAAAACCCUGUGAAUAUUGUUUUUUCUCCACUCUCAAAAGCCACAGCCAAAUGAAUUCCAAGUGAUUUAAAGUUUACCUGUGCUAGAGUACAGUGUAUAUGUGUGCUUUCCAUAGUGAUACAAUUUGAAGGGGGUAGGGGCCGGGAAGUUGGUUCUUAGGAAGAGCACUUCUAGGGAAUAUCAUCUUAUCAGAAAAGUUGCAAUCAAGCCAGCUUAAUUAAGUACACACUUGUAGAUUAUAUUGAUGACUUGAUUAUUGAAAAAAUGAAUCUGUUAGUCAUUGCUGCAACUAGUGUGAAAUUCAAGUAUGUAUUUCUGCAUGUGUAAUGAGCAGCAAAUUUUUAACUACAGCAUCUGGGUAUUUGGAAUGAUUGAAAAACUUUGAGUGGAUAAAACUGUUAUAAGGACACCAGGCAGAAAUCUCAUAACUACCUUGCAUGUGAAUUCACUGCUUGUUACGCAUACAGAAAUGCAAAGAUGAAUCUGAAAUCUACAACAACUGAUAGCAUUUAACUUUCAAAUUAUCAAUAAAAUCGGGGGGGGGGGUGCACUUAGAUGGCUUGGCUUGACAAUGGACCAUUUCUCUUUGACUACUGCAUGACAAUCAAUUAACUUAAUCAUAUUUUAGCAAUGUACACUGUGUUGUGUCUAAUGAAUAGAGCUAUAUGGGAGCUGUGGAAUUGACAAUAACUGAACUUUAAUAUUUCAUGCUCUUUCAAGGAUAAAAUUAGUCUUAUGCUCUGUCUUUCUUUUCUACCCAAAUUAUUCAGGAUUUGUCAGUACUACUGAUCCAUAAUACCUAUUAAUUUUUACAUGCUUAAUAAUCAAGUGAGAAAAUUUCACUGAUGAGUUAAAAUUGUCAUAUUUGUAUUCUCCACAAGUAUAGCACCACAUAGUUUGUAGAGAGUAAAACCAAAACAAAAUGAUAAAUUGUACCAAAAUAAAAUUGUUUUCCUUCCACCUUAAUUGUAGGACUUUAUGACAAGCCUGUUGUAAUUGAGGGGAAAAGAGAAAGAAAAACCACAGUGUUCCUUGCCAGCCAAACACCACCUGCAGUUUCUCAUCAACCUAAACCUCUUUUGUUUGAGGUAAGGAUAGUGUUCAUUAGGGUUCUGACCCUACAGAGCCAUUCAUCACACACAGUGUAUGAUGGUGGAGGCAGCCUGGCUAAGGCUGAGUGCUAAGCGUGCUGGAACUUAAUAGGAAUUUCAUGUCCCACUUUGACCACUUGCUGGAUUUGUUCUCGUUAGUCUCAAGUUCAAAUCCUUGGCCACACUUGUAAAUGCCUCACUUCUUACUAGCUGGCAUUCUUAGCCUUCUUAUUUUCCAUUCAAAUUUAUUUGUUUCAUUAUCCCUGAAACGUCAAUAUAAGAGUAGAGGAUAAUUUUUGGUGUUUUUAUUAUAUUUUAUAUCAUUAUCUUAUGGUGUAAGAACCUCAUUCACAUUUUUUUUACUUUUACAGGGCAAAGGAGAAUCAUUGGGUUCAAUGGAAAGGCGUAAGCAUAAAUAUGUUAAUAAUAAUAAUAACAAUAGUUUUUACUAUUGCUGAAAAAAGGGAUUGCUGGUUUUACUUAAUGAAAAUAAUAAGGAUGUUCUAAUUAUUUUAUUGUCAUUUCUAAUUUCAAUUCUUGUCUUUCAGCAAAUUAUGAGAUAGGAAAAUGUGCUGCUGUAGAACUGAAACCUCUCCACAAACUUUUAUAUGGAAGGGAGGGAAGGGUAUGUAGACCACACAAAUCACAGCUGCAAAUAACAGUCCAUCAUUGGACAAUAUCCUUCCCAUCCUUAGCUGUGACGAUCAGACAGAUAAAAUAGAGAAGUCUGACGUCCCAUAAAUUAAACUCUGUGAAAUUAUGGGAUAGGUCGGCAUAUUCAGAAAGAUCAAGAUGAAAAAUGUCCAAUUGGUUAAAAUCAGCCUGUUAAUGCUUACGAUGUAGGCCUGUUGUAAAAGGAUUUAUAUGGAGUCAUCAGAACAUAAUGGUGCUUAUCUCUCCCCCACCAAUUUGCAUUAACAGGCUGAUUUUUAGUGGACGUCUUUCUAAAUAUGCCAACCUAUGCCAUAAUUUGACAAAUUUAGUUUUUGUGAUGCCAUCACUUUGCUUCUCUAUACAUCUGCAUAAACCUAAAGAAAUAAUAUUAAAGGUCAAAACAUGGUGAACUUUGCUGUGCUGUGCCCUAGCAACACCUUGUGGGCCCUGGUGUAUCCCUUCUGUUCUUGAGAACCAGGAAAAGUAAGUUUUUGCAGCUUGAAGAGCACUUGGCUCCCAUAUUUUUCUUAGAGUACAGACUUGCACCCUACAACUGUUCUUUUCUUUUCUUUUUUUUUUUUUUUUUUUCACUACAUAAAAUGGAUACCUGGUUGGAGAUUUGUCCUUUCUAAAUAUAAAUUAGUCAUUUUUUUCAGGUCUAUAAAUUAUUUUUGGUUUUUAUUGUCAACUUUCUGUGGGUUUCUAAAGUAAAUUUUGUUGGCACUUUUUUGGGCCAUGCACAUGUCCACCAAUUUCUAUUUUGUAACACCUUUUGGAAAUAUAGAAAAGAGGAAGAUUUAGUUGAUAAUAAUGGAGUUAAAAUGUAAAUUAAUGAUUGGUGGGUUAAGAGCAAGAGUAGUAGUAGUAUUGUUACAUGUAUCAGUGUGCUUAUGUUGCAAAGCCAUUUGCAAAAACUUCACCAAGGCAAUUAAUAAAUGUUGAUGAUACAGUGUAUUAUGUUUUCGACUGGCCUUUUUCUCUUUGAAUGUUAGAUUUACAUACAUACAUAUACUUUAUUUAUGCUUGAAAUUUACAGAGUAGCUGUAGAGCUAAUAUCUUCGAGAAAAUAAGUUAAAAUAAAAUAAAAUAUGCUAUAUUACAGUCCCAAUAUUAUUUAUAAACUAUAUACAACAUUAUGCAUGCAGAGGGAAAUAUAACUUGUAGAUAAUUUAAAUGUCAAAAUUUGAAGUAAGUUUGCUGUAAAUUAAAAGUUAGAAAAUGUUUGAAAGAUAAAAAAACCGUUUCCUUAUUUCUAGGUAAUGGAAAUUAAAAAGAACAUCAGGAAGUUUAAUGGGUUUGCAUUUGAAAAGGUAAGGGGAAUGAUAAUUUAUUAUUACGCUGUACAUAAAAAUAAUGUUUUGAGUUUGAUGUGAUAUAAUUCAAGGGAAUUCAUUUCCUUUUUUCCCCACUAGGAUACUGAAAGAUUUCUCUUUAUUUGUGAUAGGAUACUAAAGAGUAUGAAUCCAAAAAACAAGGCUUGGAUAGGUAAGAUUGUUUUGUACUGUUGACCUUGAAUAAGCUCUUUAGGUACAUGCCAUUAGCAUCUUAUUUCUCAAACGUCAGUACGGGAGAAGUCACCUGCAUUGACCAAAAUAGCAAAAGAAAUGAGUCAGUAAUGUUGCAGAGCAAAUCAUCAUUAUAAAUAUUUAAAGAAAGAUAGCAUAUAUUUGGAAAAUCAAGCUUUCUCGACCUGCAACUUUUGACAAUGAUUCAGACUUUGUGUCAUUUCUCACCUCCAGAUUAAGGAGGCCAUCGGUAAAUUCUAAUUGUAUAUAAAAAAUGAGUGCUCUGUUAUGACGAUUUUGACUUGCAAUUAGUACAACUCGACAAGGUUUGUUUAGAUAUUCAGGAUGUGUUUCUCACUUUCUGUUAAGUUCUUGUCUUGUUAUUAUGCAAAAUGCUGAGAAAUGGUAUCUAAUGCACAUGUGCAUCAGCUGACUGUGUCUUUUUAAUUACUGGUAAUUGGUAAGACCAGUAUUGCAGUGUUCUCCCGAGGAUUUUGGGACGGCCAGGGAGUGUUGUGACUGUGAUUUUCACAGUGUUUGUAUAAAGCCUGAAUAAUAACCAAGACAGCGAAAUACAUGUAUAAUCAGUUCUUAAAAGACUUUUUGUCAACCUUUAUUUUUGUUCUUCACAUCUUGGGUUGACCAAGUUCUCUAUUUUGACACCCUUAAAAAGCGAGCAAAUGAACUUCAUUUAGUACUACACAGUAAGCUGCUUGAUGGGCCCUUGUGUUUCUGGGAUAAUUUCAAGAUGGCUGCCUUUCAAUAAAAACACAGAUUUGAACAUGUUCAUCCAACAAUAAAUCACUUUUAUAAUCAAUUCAUUGCAAGAAAACACACAGAUAAAAACACCAAACAAUGAAUGUUUCAACAGCUUUCUUGAGUGAUUUCAACUUUGAAAUUAUGCCUGGUUCUAGAUGUCAACAAACAUAAGCUUUUGUUGGGUUAAAUCUUUGGUUUUUAAGCCAGGCGUCGCCAAUUUUCCCAUGAACUAAGCCAGGCGGCCUGCCUAGCCGAAAAUACCAAGGGAGCACACUGUAUUAUCAUACUCUAAUACCAAGCUUUUAUAUUCAUUUAAUCUAUUAAUAUUGUGUGGUUACUUUUUCAUAGAUUUACUAAUGAUGGACUUAAAAGACUUUGUGAGAUCUUUGAUUUAGAAAAAAAAGGAAUUAGGGUAAGAGUAAAGUUAAUAAUAUUUUGUAAAAAUUAGUGGGAAAAAAUUCCACUGAGCUGCAUUACACUUUAAAAAGUAAUUGAAGAAAUGUUCUGUGAAAAGUAAAAUACAUGUAUGAACAAUAAUGCAAUGUAUUUUAACAGGUUGUUAUUGUACUUUAAUCUUCUUUCAGAAUGAUCUUCUAGAAAAAGUUAUGGAAUUUCUCAUGUUACCAAAGUCUUCAGGGAGAGUAAGUAUAAGCAUUUGAAAUUAAUUGCAAUGGCUAUGAAGGAAAAUUAAUGUUGCAAGGCUUUGCUUACCACAAGUAAGUUUGGUCUUAGACUUUUGUGUUAUCGUCAAGUAAGCACAUACAGUACAUGUUGUAGUAGUUCUUAGAGAGAUAAUAAUGAUAGAUUUUCUUUUCUUUUCUUUUUUACAGCCUGCUCCUCAACCAAAAGCCAAAAAAGCAGAAAAAAAGAAGAGAAAGAGAACGAAAAAAGGUAAGAACUCAGAGAUAUUUGCAUAGCUGUUAAAGAGUAUAGCGUGUAUCAUUUGGAGAAUAAUCAACACUGGAGGCCAUGCACACUAUGUUGGUUAUCACUUUUUGUAAAAAAUGGUUUCUGCAUUACUCAGCUUUUAUGUAGAAACUUGAUUUUCUGCAUGAUUGCUGCGCAAUCAAUGUGCAUUACGGCAAGUACAUACUUUCUGCAGAAAGCUUCGAGUUAAUGAAAUGAAUUCUUUGUCAACAAAAUGUAGUGUAGUUAGAAGAUGCCAUUUUCCCUUACAUUUCACUAAAAAUUAGAAGUUAAAGUUUGUAUCUCACUCACCUCCCGAAUAAAACUGUAUUGAACAGUACUGCUCAAAAGUAAGUUACCAGUCGCGUCUUGCGAGAGGGUGGUAACUUACUUUUGAGCGGUACUGUAUACCAAAGUUUCUCCUAAGUUUAAAAUUUAUCGAUGAAUUUUCAGGGUUAUUGGAUAAAAAACACCCUUUUAGCGUUAGAACGUAAUUUUUAAUGCACCAAUACAUAAUCGUGUAUCAAGGCUCGAUUAACGUUCUUUGUCAUUUUGUGCAAUGUGCCUUUGUCCUUGAGGCAACUUUUAAACACAAUAAAAUUGGCACAGUGAAUAAACAUGUAUGACAACAAUAUUAGUCUGCCUGCAAAUCCUGACCUACAUGUACUGUUCACAGACGACCAUAUUUUUGUUUUGUAUGACCAAAAUAGUGACUUAGCCAAGCAUAUAAUUAUCCUCUCAAGAAAGAAAACUUAUUGGCAGGUCUGAUGAUCUGUGUUUUUUUGUCGUUUUUGUUGAGACCACAUAGUCAUUCUUAAUAAUUAUUAUUGUACCACAUUCAGAUGCCAUCAAAUAAGACCUUCAAGUAAUGGCCUUGCUGCUCAAUUGUUAAAAGAGCUAUUACUUUGCUUUAAAGAGGUAUAUGUGUAUUUUAAUCUUUCUCUACUGUUUAUUGUAUUAACAGAUAGUGAAAAGAGUAAAAAAGAAAAAGGAAAGGUUUGUAUUUCCACCUGAUACUUAACAGUGUGAAUGCAAUAUUAUCAUUAUUAUUAUUAUUUUUAUAUUGUGAAAACUAAAUUUUUCACUAUGCAAAGGUGAUAGUCCUUACUUUCUUUUAGUCAAAGAAGACAUCUGAGACUGUAGAAAGUGGAGAUGAAGAUGAUGAGGAAGGUGAUGAUGAAGAUGAGGAAGAAGAGAAAGAGGAGGUUAGUUAUUUUGUUAACAAUGAUUGUAGUUGGUUGAAAACCUUUCACAUUCAGCGUGGAAAGAAAGUGGUGUCCAAUAGCCUGGGGCCAGUGGAUUUUGCUAUCGGGCUAGUGAAUUCUGUUCUUAACUUGCGCGAUGGGCAAAUGAUUUGUUUCGGGGAAUUCUAAUUACAGAAGAAAUGUAAUCAAUCCUGCUCAUCAAAUCUUUUUCAGGCUAGUUGAAAUGACUUUCGGACUAGUACAUGCUAGGUACAGCUUGCCCGAAUGGCAAGCUGUAAAACUGACUUCCUUUACACCCUGCACAUGUACUGCUUGUUAAGAAAAAGAAACAAACCAUUAACAAGCCCUGUAGAAUAAUUAUGUUGUUGUCACUAUUUUUGUCUUUCAAACAAAAUACAAUAGGAAAGUUAAAUUAAUUUCUUUUUUUUCCUUUUGUUAUGUUACAGCCCCCAAAGAAGAAAAAGAAAGUAGAAUCAUCACCAAAGAAGUCUGAAUCAUCUAAAAAGACGAAAGAUAAGGAGAAAAAAGAAGGCAAGGACAAAUCAAAACCAAAGGCAAAGAAAGCUGAUGAUAAAGUUAAGGCUUCAAAAAAGAAAGAGCCUGUACCUGUUAAGAUAACACCAUUGAAAAAGGGCUCUCCAAAAAAGAAGACUCCUAAAAAAGGUAUUUGGUUAUACAUGACUGUUACCAAUGAAUAUGUCCAUGUUCAAGCUAUGAUUUGGCGACUGAAAUUGCCAUGAGAAGGUGCCAAUUUGGAAUUUAUGCUAGAAACAAUGGCAUUUUAAUUAGUUACUCUUUAUGGUGUUUCCUACAUGUUCGUGAGAUAAUCAUUUGCAUUAAUUAUUAUUUAAAGCUCACUUUCUUUUUAAUUUGCCUCUUUCACCCUUGUUAUUAAGCCAUGAGAUGUCACUUAAGCCAUCCAUUGAUCCUUUCAACCUCAUGUAAUAUUGCACAGGGUGUCUUUUUUUUCUGGUGGCCAUUUUAUAGUUUUAGGUCACGAAAGGGCAACUUUAAAAAAGGUUGUGCUUGGAGCACUGGACAGUGUGUUGUCAAGCAAUCCUUUUAAGGCUUCAGAAUGUUGAAAAACUGUCAAACACUUAACAAGUUAUGUCGUCUAACAAUAAAAUAGAGAGGACUUAAUGAAGCCAUCACUUUUGAAAAGGUCUUUUGGUAUCCAACCCAAGUCUUUCAGUGUUCAGUACAGGGUCAGUGUGAGGUUUCCUUCUCCGUUUCUUUGUUGUCCUUGAUUAAUCAUUCUAAUUAUGGAUUCAUGAUGUAGCCAGAGCUAAAAGCAAAGCUCCAGUUUAUGCAUUUUAAAUUUACUUCACACAAUGGACUUCCACAGUAUCUACAUGUACUUUUAACAUACUGUAUGACUGAAAAACAUAAACUUGAGCCUGUGAUCAAUUAAAAUUAGUAGCACCUGAGACUGCAAUACUGUCUUGUGACAUUGGUCAGUGGAUACCCUGUUUUAAAAGCUGUCAAUUGAUGUCUAUUAUCAAAUUAAACGUAGCUUAAGGCACCCACUCUAGCCAGAAGUUUGACGUUUCACAUUUGCUCCACUGCGGUGCAGAUGUACAGUCACAUGAUGGAUGGAUCGAUUACCAAAUUUUCUUAGUUCUGGAACUCCACUAAAAAGAAUAAUAACAUAGCUGUUUACUUUUCAUUGUAGUAAGAGGUCUUUCAACUGUAUAUUACACGGUUAUAUCUAUUGUAUAGUAAUUCCUUUUUUCUCUUUUGACAGAGAAACCAACACCUGUAGAUGAUUCAUCUUCUGAUGAGGAACCUCUUGCUAAAAAGACCAAAAAACAAGCCCCAACAGUAAGUAGUGGAAUGCAAGUUAACAAGAGCUUCUAAACAAGUCUAGCUAACUAAGCUGACAAUUAUUAGUUGUCAUUUCUGUUGAUGGACUAACUAGAAUUAUCAAGAAGCAAUGUUCUGGGCCGUUAAUUUCUUUAUGGACAAAAUUGUUUCAAAAGUACAUCUUUGCAUUUUGAGAUAAACAGAAUUAGAAACUACAAGUCAUCAUUAGUGUAUAUUUUGUGGAAUUUAUUAUUAUUAUUAUUAUUUUUCUUGAAAAUUUAAAAUUGCAGAACAAUUUCCACUAGAAAAGACCUGUAGAUACUUUUACUGAGUUUAAGAAUAAUAUUUUCUUGGUUAUGAUUGCAGGAUAGCGAGCUUGAAAAGGUUGUUAAGGAUCUCUUAGAUGGAGCUGAUCUUGAGCAAGUAACAAUGAAGAGCAUUUGUAAGCAGGUAUGUUUUAAGGGAAAGAGUAAUACAUCUCAUGCUGAGCACUCUGGAUUUCCUAGAUAAACACCUCUCUCUUUUAAACACCUCCUAUCUAUUAAAUACCCCUGUUUGGACCCCUAGAAUUAAACAGACACCCAGGGUGUGUAUUAGGUCAUUUACGGUAUGGGCAGUUCAGGGGCAAAUGGGUGAACAAGCUUCUAAACAACUUAGCCUUAUACUGUCCUUUCAAUAAAUUUAUUUGUUAUUUUUCAGGUUUAUGACAUGUUUCCUGGAUAUGACCUCACAUCUAGAAAGGAUUUCAUCAAGGAGACAGUCAGAAAGGUAAGCCUAACUUAUUAG